GCCGGUACGACGUCGGACGAGACUGCUGGGAUUAAAAGAGAAGAAAGUCCCUGUUUUUUUUUUUUUUUGUGGAGGAUGUUUUUCAUACUUCUCGUUGUGGGACACGUCGCCGCCUCGGUCGCUCUCUCAGGAGUGAAUCUCGAUUGCACCAACGACAAUGAGGGUCUGAUGUCUUGUUUCUUUGAUGCUCCAAACUGCACCGACUACAAUGUGACUCUGUGGAGUCUCGAUGGAUAUGGUGAGAGCUCCUGUCUUGCCGUGCAGUGCGCGAGCGGAAAAUGUUGCUGCUCCGUCAGUAUGAUUUUGGUAUUUGGCGAGAACCAUACGGCGUUUGUCCGGAGAGCUGGCGAAUAUGUUGAGUCCAAAAAUAUAAGUGUGAAACACAGCUUUAAACCGCAAACCCCAACCAUGGUCUCGGUGAAUGAGACCAACGGGAAUUUUCGAGUCUUUUGGAGGACGAACCACAAAGGCGUUAUAGGAAAUAACAUAAUCACACAUUUGACUUACCGCCAAAAAGGAGAUAGCAAGGAGGUGACCAAAGUACUUAAAGCACCACUUGUGGAGACACCGCAGUGUGACUUGUGUGCCACUACGGAAAUACUCGGUGCCCACUUGAAGCCGAGUACGACUUAUGUCGUCAGAGUGCAAAGCCUAAUGUCUUGGGAGAGCCCACCGAGCGAGCCCAGCAAGGAGUACGAAUUUAUAACCCCGGCAUCCCGUGAGAGGCUCUUAAUGAUCAACAUAAUUAGCCUCAGUCUCGUCGCCAUCACAAUCAGCAUCGUGGCAUACGUCAGCUACGUGAAGUGCAGAGCCAAGUACUGGGACUCCGUCAGCGACUAUCAAAAUUCCAAACUUCUUGACAUAAAUCCAAGUGAAGAAGAGGUUUUGAAGCCUACGCCGCCCGUCAUCUCAUCGAUCUAUGUUGAGAGCCUCAACCCGGAUGACCUGAAACGAUGGUCAAAAGGUUCCCUAAUUGACAGCAGCACUGAGAGUCUCCUUCAAAGUAGUGGAAUCAGUAGCGAUCUACCUUCUCUCAGUUACGCUUGUACGGAAGCUUCAGACGUCAUUGCGGGUGUCCAAGAGGCACUCAACAAAGCCUUGAUGAACAUCAUCCCGAUAUCGACAGACCAUCUCCUAAAAGACUCCAACAAACCCACCAGUGUCUUGUCGACACAACCCAGUCCCUCCAGUAGCGAGCAACAUUCGGCAUUGGAAAAUACAGUUAAAUAUUCCUUUAUCAGGCCGACAUGUCCAACGCAGGUAAUGAAUGACAAUCUUGAGGGUCACGCCCAGCCAGAAAUGCCGUGCAACUGCAGCUACCAAGAGACUGGUGGCAUGUCAACCGCCGACCAGCGAGGGUCAGCUUGUGAAGAAAACAUGUUCCCAACCUUGGUCGCUUCCUACACACUGAGUGGCACGUCUAGCCGGCAGUGCAACAGAGACUCUGGGAGGUUUUCAGAUGGUGAAAACGCAGAUGCGUCAUUCAGCUGCAGCAACACAGGCCUCUCUGGAAAUGCUGAAUCCAGAGUGGCGGCUGAACAUGAGCACUGUCAAGAGAUGUCUCGAGGGGCUUGUAGCAAAUGGGAAGAUGCCACAAAGGAGGCUGAAGGUCACACCUGCAUCCCUGCAAGCUUUCUAGUGGAUGAUAACUACCAAUCCUUUCAGGUUUUAAGCGAACUCUCUGGUCAUCAAUACAAAGAGCAGAAAAGUGGUGGUAAAAAAGUUUUGGAAAAUUCCUUAGAAGAUGCCGCUCAAGGCAAGAACUGCAUACCUGUAAGCUCUAACCACAGUUUUGCAAUCAAUGACAACCACCAAGAAUUUCGGGACUUCGGGGACCUCUCUGACUGUCACUUUGAAGAGAAAAGUGUUAAAAAACGAGACCCGGACAAGGUUUUAGAAAUGUCCGCAAAAGAUGCCACUAAAGGCAAUAACGGCAUACCUGCGAGCUCAAACCACAGUUUUCCAAGUGAUGACAACUACCAAGCUUUUCGGGGUUUUAGGGACCUCUCUCAAUGCCAGUUUGAAGAGCAGAAAAGUGUUAAAAAACAAGAGCCAGACAAAGUUUUAGAAAUUUCCGCAAAAGAUGCCACUAAAGGCAACAACGACAUACCUGCAAGCUCAAACUUCAGUUUUCCAAUUGAUGACAACUACCAAGCUUUUCAGGGUUUUGGGGAUCUCUCUCAAAACCAGUUUGGAGAGCAGAAAAGUGUUAAAAAACAAAAGCUGGACAAGGUUUCAGAAAUUUCUGCAAAAGAUGCAACUAAAGACAAUAACAGCACCCCUGCAAGCUCAAACAACAGUUUUCCAAUUGAUGACAGCUACCAAGCUUUUCAGGGUUUUAGGGAUCUCUCUCAAAACCAGUUUGGAGAGCAGAAAAGUGUUAAAAAACAAGAGCCAGACAAAGUUUUAGAAAUUUCCGCAAAAGAUGCCACUAAAGGCAACAACGACAUACCUGCAAGCUCAAAAUGCUGUCUUCUGAUGGUUGACGGCUACGAAGUUUUUCAAGGUUUAAAAGAGCUUUCCGAUGACACGUUUGGAUCGGUGAAAAGUGUGAAAAAACAAGGGCUGGAUAAGGGUUUAGAAAAAUCCUUUGAUGAUUUCACUGAAGGUGAUAUCUGCAUGCCUUCAAGAUCAAACUACAAUUGUCCAGUAGAUGACAACCACAAAGCAUUUCAAGAUUUAAGGGAGCACUCUGAAAAUCCGUUUGGGGAGCAGAUCGGUGACAACAAAGAAGACUUGGAGAAGGUUUUAGAAAAUUACUUGGAAGACGUCACUCAAGACGAUAACCAUGUACAUGCAAGAUCGGACCGCUGUCUUACAGUGGCUGUCGGCAAAGAAACGUUUCCGGGUUUAAGGGAGCUCUCUGGUAGUCAAUUUGGACAGCAGAACGGUGGCAAGACAGAAGAUUUGCGGGGGACUUCUGAAAACUCCUUUGAAGAUGUUUGUAAAGGGUAUAGCAGCAACCUUGCGAGCUCAAACCCCAGUGUUCCUGUAGAUAAUAAAUACCAAACCUUUCAAGGUUUAUGGGACAAUUCUGAUAAUCAGUUUGGAAAGCAAAAAAGUGGUGAAAAGGAGAACCUGGAGGAAGAUGUAAAAAAUCCAAUCAACGGUGCAACUAAAGCCGAUGGUUCCACCUGCGUCCUUGGAAGCUUACUAAACGCUCUUCCGGUGGAUGACAACUAUCAAAGGAUUCCGUGUUUGAAGAAGGAGAUGGGCAUGAAGCUUGCAAACCAGAGAAGUGGCGUGAAAGAAGAAUCGGAAAAUGUUUGAGUUAAAUCUUUGGAAGAUGCAACUAAAAGCUGUUACUGCAUACCUUCAAGCUUAAACCACUGUCUUCCGGUCAAUGCUGACUGCUGGAUGUUUUGGGGUAUUCAGAAGCAGCCUGAUCAUCAGGUUUGGGUCCUAAAACCGGUGAAAAUAACGACCAGGUACGUUUUUAGAGACUCCGUUAAAAGAUGCCAGUAUAGGGGAUGAAGGCUGCGCCUGCGUUCCUGCAAUCUUCCGAGCCUUUCCGGGUUUAAGGAAAUAAUGCCAAGUAACAUGACCAAAACAGACUUGGAAAAGCUUUGGGAAAAUUCCCAAGACAAAAGGUGAACACUCUGAACCUGAAAUCGGACCGUCUUCCAGUGGAGGGCAACUACAAAGAUUUUGAUUCCUUGUCGAAGUAGUCUGAUAUCAAGUUGGCAGAAGAGAAAUGUGUCUAAAAAAAAAAAAAUGACUUGAAGCGGGUUUUGGAUACUCCAUCACCAAUAAUGGCCGGAGAACCUUCAGGUCCAGUAGCACCGGUGUCGACUGAACAUGUUCAAUGUACGAGUAGUAGCGUAGCCCCUGAUGCCCGCAUCGCCCUUUUGCCAAUGGUGUCUAUGUUCCUCUUCAAAAUGAAAUGAUUACUUAGAGCAGCUAAAACAAAAAUUGUAUGGCUUGGAACUAAUGCAUUUAUGAUCUCAUCAGAGAAGCUCGUGCAUUUCUAGCUUUGUACAAUAAGUUUGCAUUCACAACUACCAGAAGCACUUUUAAUAAUGGAUUUGUUGAAAACAGAGGAUUUUGAAUGUAUAUUUUUCAUCAGGUUGGCGUUCAGCCACGAAUGUCCUAGUAUCGAUUGUAAGGCACUACAGGGAGUCCUCGGGUUACGAACCAGUUCCGUUCCUAUGCUGGGAAUGUAACUCGAAUUUCAGAAUUGACGUCAAAAUACUUCAUGUAAAUAAAACAAAUAUAUUGAAAUAAACAAGAUGAUGUACCGCUGAGAGGUGGACGGAGAAGGGGAGGCUGUGCUUAGCUAUUGCCAAGGAACCUGGUCCUCCAUCCGCUCCAUCUCGACAAGUAUCACAUUGUUUUGCGAUCACUGUAUCCGACAUAGGAACGGAACCCUUCACGUGCGCUAAAAUACGGCCUUUGUCUUUAAUAAUUGUCACCACAUUUGUCGACCGACUGAAGCCUAGCUCUGUAGCGAUCUUUUCAUGAUUUUAACCUUCCUUUCCAUGGUCAUGAAUUGUCUUUGGGCUGCAGAAGCAUUGAUAAAAGAUUUUGGGGUCAUAAUGUCUGAAAAGGAGGGCGAAAAAUGCAAAUAUACUCCCGGGGCACAAACACGGACGAGCACUAUGCACAUUAGCUAGACAAAAUGGCGGCCGGGGGACAGGCGUUGUAAAGUCGAAACCUUUUAGGUCUAGACCGUUUUACCCCGAGGACUCCCUGUACUGUAUAUAAAUCUUAUUAUUAUAAUUAUUAGAAACAUGGCACUAUUAUGUUGUGAUGUGAUAGACUAGAGUGUAGAUCUCCUUCCCAAGAAUAUAUGAAAAAUGUUGGUCCUGCACUAAAAUGAGGUGGGUUCUUCCUUCACCCAUGAGCCACACAUCCUUGUGGAACUCAGCUGAACACUUUCUGCAUAAAUCUGUUCUCGAAUUGUCAAUAAAACGAUAACUGGUCGAGUUAAAAGGUUAGAUAGUUUUCCUAUCACGGUCAGUUGUGUUGAUGUUGUUUUGGAUAUGGACGAAUCCCCGUCAACGUGUCAAUAAAAAUAUUUAU